UCCUCACCGCCCAGCCAGCUUGCUUUCUGGUGCUUUCUGUCUUGUGGGAGAGGUGGCCGUGACUCGUGCGCUGGUCGUCUGGUCGUCUACCAGCAGUUCAGCAGUUGAACCUACGACACCAGGCUGCAGAUGCUCUGCUGUCACUCCACCACCCAGCCCAUCGCUUCACACAACCCCCGUCACCGCCUGCAACCUCUGCUGCACUGCCAACACCACCGACGACACUUGCAGCAGACCCGCACCCACGGGGUCGCUUGCACCUGUACAUACCCACACGAACCCCCCAGGCAACGGAAUGGCCAGAGACCGCGACGGCCGCGAAUCCUCUUCCAGAUAUUAUUACGACCAGAACUCGCCCGACGAGCGCGAACACAGACACCGCCGCCGGCACCGCCAUCGGGACUACGACCACCAAGACGAAGACUACGCUGCCGCCAAACGGGAGCGCCGCGAGCGUCGCAGAGCCGAAGAAGCACGCAGGGAGGCCGAGCUUGAUCUCGAUGAUAUAAGGACGCGCCGGGAGUCGUAUUACGCACGGCCUGAAAGCGAUCGCCAUUACCAUCGUGACGACCAUCGGCGCAUGGCACAGGAGCCCCGAGCGCGGGAGAAGACCAAGUCGAGGAGCAGCCACAAGGAAGGAGGGCGCGACAGUACUUUGCGACGGAGAAGAAAGCAAGAGAGGGAACCCAGUUUGGACGGCAGAGCCGAAGACUAUGUCUAUGGUCGUCCGGAAUCCGGCAUGGUAGAAGAAGUCACAGUACGGAGAUCAAACCGCAGAAGGAGCGAUGAGGGCGGGUCAUCGAGCAGGACCGCCUAUACCCCGUUAUCCGGCUCUCGGUCUGCCUCCACACGCAAGGAGGAGCCCGCGAGGUUAGGUAGGACGCUAUCUGCUCGGGAGCCGCCCAGGGGAUAUGCGACGAGGCCUUCUGUCCGCCGCACCAACACUACCAAACAGCCUGUCAUUGCUACCACCACCGCAGCUCCUAUCGCGCGUACUCAGUCGCUUUCAGUGAAAGACACUGCACGGAGAAGCAGUCUUUUGGCCAGUUUCUUCAGACCUCCACCCCGAACCCCGACCCAAGCUUCCCACAAAGAAAUUCCGAGAGUGGAAUGUCUCAUUUGCAUGACCGAUGACCUUCCUGCAAGCAAAACCGCCAAACUUGGCUGUGGCCACCGCAUGUGCCACUCGUGCCUCAAACGUCAAUUUACGCUCUCCGUCAGUGACCCUCAGCACAUGCCCCCAACCUGCUGCAGUUCGGAACACAUCCCUUUGAGAUAUGUCGAGCGACUGUUCGACGACAAGUUCAAGAAGCUAUGGAACAAGAAGUAUCAGGAAUAUACCACAGCCAACCGCCUGUACUGUCCCGCCAAGAAUUGCGGGGAAUGGAUCAAACCUUCCAAGAUACGGAUGGACUUGACUUAUGGUAUGAGGUAUGCCCGUUGCGGGAGAUGCAACACCAAGGUGUGUGUCCUGUGUAACAGCAGAUUCCACACAAGACGAGAGUGUCCCAAAGAUGAGGAGACGAACCGCCUGGUUGAAAUGGCCAAGGAGCAAGGCUGGCAAAGGUGCUACAACUGCAAAGCUGUGGUCGAACUGAAGGAGGGCUGCAACCACAUGACUUGUCGUUGCACCGCUCAAUUUUGCAUGGUCUGCGCGGCUCCCUGGAAAACUUGCAAUUGCCCUUGGUUCAAUUACAACCACAUUGAUGACGGCGACCGUCUCAACGAUAUGCAAAUCCCAUACACUGCCCGUGAAGACAUGAUCGAGGUCAUCGAGUAUCCGUCCGACCCAGCGCCGGUUCCGCUUCGUCGCACCAGCACAAGGACACGCCACCGACAGGAUCGAGAUCGCCAACUUGACCGUGCAGACGAGGCUCUUGCUGCCCACCUCCAAGCGCAACUGAGGCUUAACAAUCCUACUGCCUCAGACCUCCAUCGGGAUGAUGCCAAUGUGCAAGUCUACGGGGUAGGCAACUCUGGCGGCCACCACAUGAAUGAUUCGUAUGCUGUACGUCCUCUCGCGAAUCCGACCCCCAGGACAGCAAACAGAGCAGCACCCCGGAUGCCAGCCCCGCGAGCCUCUUUCUUCGGUCGCCGACUUGUCCGUGAGCCCGCGCGUCAUGUCCCUGCCCCGAGUGCUCACAGCGCAAAGGCGUCCACGAUGGCUGGCCUGUCUCGUGAUGGGACGAAACGCGGAGCCAACAGAGUCGGAACUUGGUUGAACCAUGUCGAGGUGGACGACGAAGCCAUUCACACGGCUCCGAGAGAUGUAGAGGUCGAUGACUGGAGAGUGGAGGGAUCGAUGGUUGGAAUUGAUUAG